ACACAUAGAUACAACAGUUUUAUAUAGAGACAAACAUAUAAAAAUAAAUCGUAUACACAAAAAAUAAUUCUAAUUACAAACCUUUUGUUACAUUUUCAAAGAGAAUUUAGGAAGAAAAAAAAAAGAAAUUUAUAUGAAUGGAGACAAAUAUCAGAAAUAGGAGUUGGUUGGGUGAUUGAAACCCUAAUUCUACAUAUUCCCGAUGCUAAAUCGGCUGUAAUUUUUGAUUUGUUUUCAGCUUAAAUUUAAUCUCCGAUCGGCGAGGAAAAUGCCGUCGAACGCGGAUGUAGAUCGGCAGAUCGAGCAAUUGAUGGAGUGUAAGCCGCUGGCGGAAGCGGAGGUGAAGAUACUGUGUGAUCAAGCGAGGGCUAUACUUGUGGAGGAAUGGAAUGUGCAGCCGGUGAAAUGUCCAGUCACUGUUUGCGGUGAUAUUCAUGGACAGUUCUACGAUCUCAUCGAGCUUUUUCGGAUUGGUGGAAAUGCUCCGGAUACCAAUUAUCUCUUCAUGGGCGAUUAUGUUGACCGUGGAUACUACUCAGUGGAGACUGUGACACUCUUGGUUGCUCUGAAGGUCCGUUAUAGAGAUAGAAUUACGAUUCUUAGGGGAAACCAUGAAAGCCGGCAAAUCACUCAAGUGUAUGGCUUUUAUGAUGAAUGCUUGAGGAAGUACGGAAAUGCCAAUGUUUGGAAGUACUUCACUGAUCUUUUUGAUUAUCUACCACUGACAGCACUAAUAGAGAGUCAGAUAUUCUGUUUACAUGGAGGACUCUCGCCUUCUCUGGAUACGCUGGAUAAUAUACGAUCAUUGGACCGUAUACAAGAGGUUCCACAUGAAGGACCAAUGUGUGAUCUCCUGUGGUCUGAUCCAGAUGAUCGUUGUGGUUGGGGAAUAUCACCCCGAGGAGCUGGUUACACCUUUGGACAGGAUAUAGCAUCUCAGUUCAACCACACCAAUGGGCUCAAUCUGAUUUCUAGAGCCCAUCAACUUGUCAUGGAGGGUUUUAAUUGGUGUCAGGAUAAGAAUGUUGUGACAGUAUUUAGUGCUCCAAACUAUUGUUACCGGUGUGGAAACAUGGCUGCAAUUCUAGAAAUAGGUGAAAACAUGGAGCAGAAUUUCCUUCAGUUUGACCCAGCUCCGCGGCAGAUAGAGCCUGACACCACAAGGAAGACUCCUGAUUACUUUUUGUGAUCCCAAUGCUUGCAUUAAUUGUUUGCAGCUCAUCAAUGUCGUAUUGCUGUAGAUGUGUCUUAAAAAAGAGGAGUUCUGUCAUUUGAGGAUUAUUAUCAACAUCAUUCUUUUGUUUGGAGUUCGUUCUGCUGCUGGCUUUGAAUGUGUACCAGAGGUUCAUCAGAGAGUUGAGAAGAGGCAAUGACCGUUUGUGUGUAUAUUCUUUUCUAAAAGGGAGUAGCAAUAACAUGGUGCAUCGUGUUCUAUAAAUUUGAAUUUUGUGCUAGAAAACAGGUCCCAUCCCAAGUCAUUCGUCAGUGGCUGACGAGACGCCACAAAAUUCGUGCAUGAUGAUAACUAUUAAUAUUUGUGCCAUUUCUAACGGCAUUCCCUUGGAUAUGGUCCCCCCCCCCCCCCCCCCUUUCUGGACAUAUUUCGAACUCUGCAGAAAAGAUGAAGAGGGAGUACUAGGCGUUGGUCUGUAUAUUUGGGACCAUAAUUAUUCUAGAUAUACGAUGGUCAGUUGACAUUUUCCUUUUUGUUGCUGUCUUUGAUGAACCAUAGAAGUAGAAUAUGCAGUUCUUGCAAAUUGUUGAUUACUGUCCACUAAUCUAAAACUAUUUUUUUUUUUCUGAAACGUUUUGUAAAUUAUUUGUGAAGUCUUAAGACAGCUUCAUAGGCCUGUA